AUGGCACACUGCAGCAUCAAGAUUAACAUAGGAAAGAAGCCAGUGGGCACAGCAGGACUGGAGUCCCUUCCUCACCUGGCUGUCUUACAGGUAGAGUGUGUUCGAGAAAAGUGCAUGCUACAAAGUUUGGAGCUUAGGAUGAAGAGAUCAAAUGGCUCUAAAUGUCAGACUCAAAUUAGCAAGAAGGAAUCGGAUGUUGCUGACUUUGAUGGCAGGAGCUCACUUUUGUACAGGUUCAAUCAGAAGAUGAUGAGCACCCUCAAAGACGUGAUUUCCCUGAAGUUCAAGAGCAUGCAAGGAGAUGGGGUUCUGUUCCAUGGAGAAGGACAACGUGGAGACCAUAUUACCCUGGAGCUCCAGAAGGGCAGGCUAGCCCUGUACCUGAAUUUGGAUGACAGCAAAGCCCGACUCAGCAGCGUCGCGCCCUCUGCCGUGCUGGGUAGCCUGCUGGAUGACCAGCACUGGCACUCGGUUCUCUUGGAGCGCGUGGGCAAGCAGGCGAACUUCACUGUGGACACAAACACGCAACACUUCCGGACCAAGGGUGAGACCGAUGUCCUGGAUAUCGACUAUGAGCUCAGUUUUGGAGGAAUUCCAGUGCCAAGCAAACCUGGGACCUUUCUAAAGAAAAACUUCCAUGGCUGUAUUGAAAACCUCUACUACAAUGGAGUGAACAUAAUCGACUUGGCCAAAAGACGCAAACACCAAAUCUACUCUGUGGGCAAUGUCACUUUUUCCUGCUCAGAACCACAGAUAGUCCCCAUCACAUUUGUCAACUCCAGAGGCAGUUAUUUGCUGCUGCCCGGCACCCCCCAGAUUGAUGGACUGUCAGUGAGUUUCCAGUUUCGAACAUGGAACAGGGAUGGUCUGCUUCUGUCCACAGAGCUCUCUGAAGGCUCAGGGACCCUGAUGCUCAUGCUGGAGGGUGGGACUCUGAGGCUCCUGAUUAAGAAAGAGGCAGGACAUGGAACUGAAAUCCUUACAGGUACA